AUGAUUACAGUGAGUGACAGUUGCUUCAGGAACCUUGCAGAAGAUCGCAGUGGGAUAAACCUUAAAGACCUCAUCCAGGAUCCUUCCUUAUUAGGUGGAACUGUAUCUGCAUACAAGAUAGUGCCAGAUGAAAUAGAAGAAAUCAAGGAGACACUGAUAGACUGGUGUGAUGAAAAAGAGCUCAACUUGAUUUUAACAACUGGAGGAACAGGAUUUGCACCAAGAGAUGUUACACCAGAGGCUACUAAAGAAGUAAUAGAACGUGAGGCCCCAGGAAUGGCCUUGGCAAUGCUGAUGGGAUCACUUAAUGUUACACCUCUGGGCAUGCUCUCUAGACCUGUGUGUGGAAUCAGAGGGAAAACUCUCAUAAUUAACCUUCCAGGUAGCAAGAAAGGAUCACAGGAAUGCUUUCAAUUUAUACUACCAGCCCUACCUCAUGCCAUUGAUCUUUUACGGGACGCCAUUGUAAAAGUAAAAGAGGUUCAUGAUGAACUUGAAGAUCUACCUUCACCACCACCACCUCUUUCUCCUCCUCCAACCAUCAGCCCUCACAAGCAGACAGAAGACAAAGGUGUACAGUGUGAGGAAGAGGAGGAAGAGAAAAAAGAUAGUGGUGUUGCUUCAACAGAGGAUAGUUCCUCCUCGCAUAUAACUGCUGCAGCCAUUGCAGCAAAGAUUCCAGAUUCCAUCAUAUCUCGUGGCGUUCAGGUGCUUCCACGAGACACAGCCUCACUUAGCACUACCCCUUCAGAAUCCCCUCGUGCCCAAGCUACUUCUCGCCUCUCUACUGCUUCCUGUCCCACACCAAAACAAAUUAGACGCCCGGAUGAAAGCAAAGGAGUUGCUAGUAGAGUUGGAUCCCUCAAAGCUCGGCUCCCUUCGUGCUCAUCCACCUAUAGUGUUUCUGAGGUCCAAUCCAGGUGCAGCAGUAAGGAGAACAUCCUCCGAGCCAGUCACAGUGCCGUAGACAUUACAAAAGUAGCAAGAAGACAUCGUAUGUCUCCAUUUCCAUUAACAUCUAUGGACAAAGCCUUCAUUACAGUUCUGGAGAUGACUCCAGUGCUUGGAACAGAAAUAAUCAAUUAUCGAGAUGGAAUGGGCAGAGUCCUUGCCCAAGAUGUUUACGCAAAAGACAACCUUCCACCUUUUCCAGCUUCAGUAAAAGAUGGCUAUGCUGUCAGAGCUGCUGAUGGACCAGGGGAUCGUUUCAUCAUUGGGGAAUCCCAAGCUGGUGAGCAACCAACUCAAACUGUAAUGCCUGGUCAAGUAAUGCGAGUUACAACUGGUGCUCCAAUACCCUGUGGUGCUGAUGCUGUGGUGCAAGUGGAAGAUACAGAACUUAUCAGGGAAUCUGAUGAUGGCACUGAAGAACUUGAGGUACGCAUUCUGGUGCAGGCUCGACCGGGUCAAGAUAUCAGGCCUAUAGGACACGAUAUUAAAAGAGGUGAAUGUGUACUGGCCAAGGGAACCCAUAUGGGCCCAUCAGAGAUAGGUCUACUAGCAACUGUUGGAGUAACCGAAGUUGAAGUUAACAAGUUUCCAGUAGUUGCUGUAAUGUCUACAGGGAAUGAAUUAUUGAAUCCUGAAGAUGACUUGUUACCAGGAAAGAUUAGAGAUAGUAAUCGUUCUACUCUUUUAGCAACAAUUCAAGAGCAUGGAUAUCCGACAAUCAACCUGGGGAUUGUAGGAGAUAACCCAGAUGAUUUACUUAAUGCCUUGAAUGAAGGAAUAAGCCGUGCUGAUGUCAUCAUCACAUCAGGGGGCGUGUCAAUGGGAGAAAAGGACUAUCUUAAACAGGUGCUGGAUAUUGAUCUUCAUGCCCAGAUUCAUUUUGGCAGGGUUUUUAUGAAACCAGGGUUACCUACAACCUUUGCAACCUUGGAUAUUGAUGGGGUAAGAAAAAUCAUCUUCGCGCUCCCAGGGAACCCUGUGUCAGCAGUUGUUACCUGCAAUCUUUUUGUUGUCCCAGCACUGAGAAAGAUGCAAGGAAUUCUGGAUCCUCGUCCAACUAUUAUAAAAGCCAGGUUAUCAUGUGAUGUAAAAUUGGACCCUCGUCCAGAAUACCAUCGGUGCAUACUGACUUGGCAUCACCAAGAACCACUGCCUUGGGCACAAAGUACAGGGAAUCAGAUGAGCAGUCGUCUGAUGAGUAUGCGCAGUGCCAAUGGACUGUUGAUGCUACCUCCAAAGACAGAGCAGUAUGUGGAACUUCAUAAGGGAGAGGUGGUUGACGUCAUGGUCAUUGGAAGACUAUGAUGUUACCAGCAGGAGAAAAGUUUUGAUGCAUGUCCACAUAUCAUUGACUGUAUCCUGUAAUAUGCAACGGCACAGCUAGUUUUUCUGAAUUGGAUAAAAGUUGAUCAGUAUAAACACCUUGAACUAUAUUUCAAAUGGAUUUAAAUAAAUACCUUUUAAAAAAAACUUCAAAAACAAAUCUUAAAAGAAUUUAUUCUGAUUAUAUCAAAGCAACUUUUUCAUUUCUUGCAAUUGCUUUGUGUGUUCAAUGCUAGUUCCAAUAGCAGUAGCUUUUAGUAGACAGCGGUAGGUGCCUGCAGAACUUGUGUUUUUUCUCAUCUUUAAGAUUCAACUACUUAUGCUCUUAAAACAAGGCUGUCUGCUUAUUUAUACUAGUGUAGACAACACUUGGAUUUUCCCUUAUUAGUAUGCUUCAUAACUGCUUCACCGAGAGCUUCUGCUUGUUCUUUAUCGUAUCUCGUGUUGAUGUGCACAGUGCCAAAAGCAGAGUGGCUGCACUGGGAACCCGAUCAAGCCCCAAGGUUUUCCUCCUUGCUGCGCGUUCAGGGAUACCUGUCAUCCCAGCAGCCACCCAGCUCAGUACUAUUGGGCAGUAACUGGAUACCUUUUGUUUAAACAAACAACAACAAAAAAUUGCUUCCUUAAGUGCUGACAGCCUUUUUAACCAAUACAUUUAAAAUGUACAGAAUUAAAAUCUUAAAAAAAAAAAAUCAAAGACUGAUCUUGUACAGAUAUUAGUGUUACCAGCAUUCAUGUGGAAAUUAAAUAAGAAAUAAAAACUAAUGUUAAACAACUCUGUACCAUAACAUUUUCUGUAAUGAUACUGAAAUUUAAAUGAAUAAAAAAAAAUCCUGAAUCAUUA